AUGCCAAAAGAUCGAAGGGGUAAACUUUCACAGCGACACCAGCCUUCAGCAAAGACGGCGUCACCAAUAUUUGCUGUCUCAGAAGAUCAGACUGAACGGAUUGACCGAGAGGAUAUUCAGGAGCCCCGUGGGUCACCGUAUAUUGCUAAUGAACUCCUGAGUGCAGCGAUAACCCAACCAACCAACGCACCCAAGGCACUAACGCAUACUCCUACCAAAAAGGAGAAAAACAGGCCAAACAUGAACGACUUAUUCAGAAACAUAUUGACGCCUGCGUCCGAAACCAACACCAACAAUGCGGGCAAUAGUCCAGUACGGCCAAAACAGGCACAUGGUAUGAUCGGUGAGGGCAAGGGUGUGACCUUAACAAAGCAGCAACGCAAAAGAGCUCUGGAACUCGAAAGAUUACGACAACCCGCUAUCAUGACGAACUCUGAUUAUCGACAAAAUCCAUUUGAUGCAAUUCGGAGACAUGCGCAAAAUUCGUUGCUUUCACACGAAAACGGGAAAACAUAA